GAAAGUAAGUGAUUGAUCGUAGUGAUCGUGUUUACGUUGAUUGUGACUUGAAUUUCCUCCAUUUAAGAGAUUAAUAAUACUUCCAAAUGCCGUAAAUUAAAUGGACAGUUCCAAACGUCAGUCAAAUCUGUCAAAAUCCUCCAAAAAGAUCAAAAAGGUAGACUCUAAAGAGACGUCUUCAAACAUAGAAUUAAAGUCCAGAUACGAGCGUUUACUGAAAGAAGAAUCGAAAUUAGAUAAAGAAAUAGCAGAACUAGAAAGUCAUGGUGUUACGACCGACCUUCACCCGCAGAUGGACGCUCUACACGAGUACAACGAAAUGAAGGAUCUGGCGCAGGUGAUUCUGGGAUACUUGGCCGACGCUGAACAUGUCACUGUAUCAGAGCUGCACAAGAGGUUCGAUCUACCGUUGGAUUAGUUGAAUGUAUGCUGGAUUAGUAAGGUUUACAUCUGACUUAACAAACUAAAUUUACAUAUAAACGAUGUCCGAUACUUCAGAGGACACCAUACAAUCAGAUAGAACAAGCGAAAAAGAAGACAGCGUUUGUAGAGAUUUUGCGCGCGGUUUAUGCGAUAGGAAAUUUUGUAAAUACAAGCACGAGAACGAAUCCAAGCUGUUGAAUUUUUGCCACGAUUUCCAGAACUACAUCUGUCCCAGACCAUUUUGCAAAUUUAUCCAUUGUUCUACCGACGAAGUGGACGAGUACAAACGCACCGGCCAAAUGUCAUCCCAAAUCCUGGCCGAAGCGACCCGGAAAAAUCAAUUGCCCGGUAGUCCUCCGGUUUGCAAUCAGUUCAAGAGGGGUCAGUGUCGACGGCCGUACUGCAAAUACCGCCAUAUCACCAAGGAUCAAGAAGAAGCUGAAAUCGCUGGAUUAGUAAACGUCGAGCCGAAGAAAGUACAAUCUAUCGUUCUUACCAAUAACAUGUCUGAACCUCAAUUGGUCACGUUGGAAUCACUACGAGGUGUAUUUAGAAGAAACGGAAUCACUUUUGAUGACUACAAAGACGAAGGUCCGCCAGUAGUAAAAAGACGAUUUAUAACUACUCAGGAACCGGAAAUUGUAGCGUGUGAUAUCGUCGAAACUAGUACGACGAGACCACUUUUCAAAGGAUACUUCGCAGGGAAUCCCCCGCCACCUAUGUUGACCAGAGCUGAUGCAAGGACACUAAUGCUAGAAGAAGAAAACAACAUAUUGCACAAAGAAAUAGCACAGUUGAAAAAACAGGUGUCGGAUCUAACGGCCACCAACGAAUUUCUGUUGGACCAAAACGCUCAAUUGCGUGUCAGUGGCAAGCGUAACGGUACCGUCAACGUACCAGCUGUUAGUAUCACCAACACCCCUACGCCCCAAGUAAAUAGAACUGUUAUCGCUAGUGUGGCAACAGUUCCAGUGUCUUUGGCUACUGUUUCGACUUGUAAUCCAGUCUCAGGAAACCAUUCGGUGUCCAUAGCUGGUUGUCCAGCUGUCAGUAUGGCACCAGCCCAAAUUUUAGCUAACAGUCAACAAAUAUUGGUGACUACAAACCCCACCACCCAACUAGCCAUCGCGAACAGCUCUCAGGCACAACUGGCCAUAGCUCAACAGAACCUCGCUACGAAUCUAGCCGCUGCGCAGCAAGCGGCGCAACCGCAGCUGACUUCACAAGCUCAGCAGCUCGCGUUGGCCACUACUACGCAGCAGUUGACGUCGCAGGCGCAGCAUAUGGCCAAUCAGCAGCUCGCUUUAGCCAGCGCUGCGGGACCGCAAUUGACGACUCAAACGCAGCAAAUAGCGUUGGCAAAUAACGCGCAAGCGCAACAGCUGGCUCUGGCGGCAGGGACAAAUCAGCAGUUGACGUCUCAAGCUCAGCAAUUAGCGUUGGCCAGCACCAACCAACAGCUAACCUCCCAAGCUCAACAGCUGGCUCUAGCGAGCACCAACCAGCAACUCAACUCUCAACCGCAGCAGCUCACCGUAGCCAACGUCCCUCCCCAACUCGCACUGGCCAGCACCAAUCAACAGUUGUUGGCCCAACAAAACCUGGCCUCAGAAAUCCACAGGAACACCCAGAUCAACGCGAUCAGUACGUCUCAAGCGAUCGCGAUGUCGAACGCUGCGUCCCAGCCGAUGGUUUCCUAUCCGAUAAUGACUCAAAGUAUUAACCACGCUCUUACGCAUUAGUUGACGGGUUUUGUGGAUUUGACCAUAGAUAUCAUUCCCAUUGAUAGGUUUUCUUAAAUGCAUCGUCUGCUUUCAGCAAGGAGCAACUCAGGUUUAUAUAGAGCUUUGUUCUGCUACCAGUAAUGUCACAUUUUUUUUAUUUGAAAAAAUUAGCAUGGAAACUGACAUUCUUUAUAGUAAUUUAAUAACUUCAGACUUAUUGUGCAUUAUACUUCUUCAUUAAUGUGAUAUUAAUGACUCAAAUCAAAAAAGACUUUAAAAAAUGAUCCAUCAUCGUUAAAAAAGUUAUUAUUAACAUUAGAAAAAAAAAAUUGUAAGGUUGUGAACUGGAGAGAGACAUUUGAUUAAUGGUUAGUUUACUUUUAUAGCCCGCUCGAUGUAUCUUAGCAUAUUUGUGAUAUUAUUCAGAAUAUUACGUCUCUUUUCUACUCAUGCAACUUCCAACUGAAAAUAAGUCGCUUUUUCAUCCACAUUAGAGUAUAUUAAACAAGCAGCAAUAUGAUGGUUUGGGCAGAAAGAGAACAAAGCAAGACGCACGCCAAAAUAGCAACUAUAAAAUGGAGAUAUCGACGAAAGUGCAUAAAAUAGUAUCAUGGAGUACAUGUAAACAAAAUACUUGACACAAUAGGAAUAAAUCAAUAU